GCCGGGCCCCACGGUCUUUGGCUACACCGCACCGCCGUUCACGCCGAUCGACUCGUUCUCGGGCCACGUGCGAUUUUCGCGAAAAUAUUUCCAAAAAAAAAAAAAAUAGUCGCUUUAGCCCCAAAAACAAUAUGAUUUCGAUAACGCGCGGUCAGUAGAGUCGACGCAAGAACCCGAGCAGCACCACGCUGCACACACAGUGGACGACUCGUCUGUUCAUCAUCAUCAUGAGUCAGAAGUCACCGAGUCCAGGCGAAAUAGUCAUCCGGAUAUCCGUUGUGGUGAUGGCGAUCAAUGUGUACGUCGAGGGCUAUAUCGACAGCCUAUGCCCAAAUUGCAAUCUCUACCAGGAUUCGGCUGAGAUCCGAUCGCAUUGCACUUACCCAUGUCAAUGUGCCAACAGGGAUCCGGUGUGCGAACCUGGAGUACCGCACACCCGAGACGGCUGCGGAUGCUGUCCUGUGUGCGCCAGACAAGACGGAGACCCGUGUGACGGUAUAGCCGUGUGCGACCAAAGGAAAGGCCUCGUUUGCCAGUACGACGAUUACUACAGUCCAGCGGGCAUAUGUAGAGUUGUGAAAGGUUUACCAUGUACAGUAUACAAUAAGACUUAUGACAAUGGAGAAACGUUUAGACUAGAUUGCAGAACACAGUGUACUUGUCAGAAUGGCACUUACGCCUGUGCAACGCUUUGCCCUCAAGAGAACAUAUCACCUAGAGGGCUAUGUAGGCAUCCCCGGUUAGUUGAUGUCCCCGGUCAGUGUUGCAGAGAAUGGAUGUGUGACAAUAUGAACAUGGAAAGACCUCCAAAUUGUGAAGCUUUGGUCACACCGUGGUCGAAAUGUUCAUCACAAUGUGGUCUAGGCUUCUCGAAACGCAUGUCCAACGCUAACGAUGCGUGUAAGCCCAACAACGAGACCAGACUGUGCGAAAUAAAGCCAUGUCAUUCACCGCCAAUCGUCAGUGCCAGAUACGCUAGACACCAUCAUAUUAGAAAGGGUCACCAGUGCAAAGCCACGGUCAAGUCGGCGACGUCGGUGCGGCUGAAAUUCGGCGAUUGCCGCAGCCGGAAAACGUUCCACCCGAAGAGAUGCGGCGCGUGUCCGCCGCACUUGGAAUGCACGCCCGAGUCGAGCACCACCGUCAAGGUGGAAUUCCUCUGCCAGAGUCCCGUCGAAGGCCACGACAGGCUGGACGGUGCCGUCAUGGGCGAAGACCUAUGGGAGCCCGUGCACAGGCCGUCCUCCGCGAUCACCGACAACUAUGUGCACAGCGUGUACGUGGACGUCGAGUGGAUCGUGAAAUGCACGUGCCGACACUGGACGGACUGACGGCGACGACCAUCGUGAACCAAGCCGCCGCCACCACGACUGCCACCGGUUACCGGAUACCAGAUACCGGGUACCGUCAUCAGGGACGUGGCCGAGUUAUGAUCCCUGGCGAUCCGCCAUGACCGCCGGCCACCAUUUAUAUCGCACCACAUUGUUCCAACACAGUUUAUUAUUUUAAAUUAUUGUACUUUUAUGUCUUGAGAAUUUGCAAAAAAAAAAAAAUGUUUUUAUAUACAAUUUACUUCUGGCAAUACGUUGGCCAAGAGCUAAGUGAGUAAUAAAAUAUUCAAAGUUAACUUACUUUACUUUACCAUCAAACGUCAUCGAGUUAUUUAAAAACAUAUGAAUAAAUUUACUUAAAAUUUAAUAAUUGUAUUUCAACAAAAAACAUGUAGAAGGUUAUCCAAAUUUCAUGAAACAGUAUCCAGUUUUCUGAGAAACAAUUGUGUUGGCUAAGCAAAGGUUCAAAUAAAAUCGUUAGGUACAUAUUUUAUAUAAUUAAUGAUGAAAAAUUAUAUUUAAUAUUUAGGUAAAAUUAUUUUUUAGAUGGUAAAAUUUAAAGACAAAUAGUAUUUUCAAUGUUUACCAGAUAUUUUCGAUAACCAGUUUUAAAUCAAUAUUUUUGAGUUAAAGUGAAUUUAUUUGAAAACAAUUUUUUCAUAAACAAAAUGACUGUGUAACAUGAAAUUUGGAUAGCCCUGUUUAAUAGGUAUUGUUAUUAUUUUUCGAGGUUAAGUUAAUUAUUAAACACAUAUUAAAACGAUAUAUUAAUACAAUAUUAAUAAGUGAAUUAACGAAUUGAUAACAUUUUCCCAGCUUUAAGAGUAUAGUAUUAACGGUGAUGACAAUUUGAUUUUCCCACGUACGAUACUAAUUUGCCCUCUUCUCCCUUUCAGCGACGACCAAUUUAAAACCAUCUAAAUGACAUUGUCAACAAUUAUUAUUAUUUCCGGUUUUGGCAAAAUAAUUCAAUAAAACCCAUUGUUUGUUGUAAUUUCCUUCACAGACCCAUUCGAUAUGCUCGUUAAAUAUAUAUUUAGUGCAAACUGAUUGUGUGUCCUGGUGGAAAUCUGCUCAUUUUUCUAGUUAGAUGGGUUUGUCUGAAACCGCUUUUUUCAUUUACCUACCUGCUAUUUUUCUGCCCUUUGUCGGUUAUGAAUUUAAAUAAAUAAAUAAUGUAACACAACACAUUGGCUAUCUGCGGGUUAAGUCAACGCAGCCUGUCGAAUUUUAAUAAUAAUCAUUUUUUUUUUUUUUUGCUGACAGAUCCAUUCAUCAUUUUCAAUCGUUUUUCCAAAUAGGUAUCAUAAUAAUCCUAAUGUUUACAUUGUGUUAAUUCAGUACUAUGUACCUACAUGAUAAUAAUAGAAUAAUGGAUUUACAUAAUAUUUUUUAUUAACAGUACAUGGGAAAAUCAUAAACCCGAAUAGCAUAAGUAUAUUUUGUCUUAUCUAAGAAGCUUAACCUAAUGGCCCUCUCACAUUUAUUUCCAAACAUUAAUGUUGUACACAAAGUUUAAGAUUUUGUUUUUUUUUUUAUUUGAAUAAUAAUCGAUAAACGUGACCAAUGGAACCAUUAAUAUUUUAUUUAAUUAUUGUACUCAUUGUAAAACUCAGCCAACGCCCUGCAUGAUAAAAUAUAAUAUUCUAGUGGAUGAGAUAAGUAGGUAAUAAUUUUACAUGAAAAUAGUACUUAUGAAUACAGUAAUGAUAAUAAUUGUAAUUCAUCAAGAACUAUACAUUGUUGUAGGCAUGACAAAAGUUCAAAGAUCUUUUAUUGUGCAGUUGCAUUGCCAAUAUGUUAAUUCUUGCAAUAACCAACGCCUAACAACAGCAUUGUAAUAAGCCUAUUUAUCUCCACACUUGAUUAUUUUAACGUUGACUAUCAAUUUGUAUACACCUAUUUUCUCGCUUUGAACGUUUACAUAUCCACUUUGCUGUAUUUUAUGGGAAUGGUAAACUUUUCGACCUUUAGUUCCCAUACAAUGCGUUACAUUGUAUAAAAAUAUCAUCAUAUAAUUUUUACUUAGUUACCUCGAGGGUUUAUAAAAAUGUAUAUUCAAUUAUGUGCAUAUAAAUACUGUAAAGAAUUAAGUUUUUUGUUUAACUGUCCAGUUAAACACCUCUUUUUUUAAUAC